AUGGAGAUCUAUAGAAAGCGAAAAACUACGCGUAAAACGGGAAAAAGAAGAAGACAUAAAAAGAAGAAAAGAAGAAAGAGAAAAAAGAAUUUAGAUGCACAAACUAAGCAGACAAAACAAAAAGUACCAGUAGCUAAGUUGAAGAUUAAGAAGGAACACGAAAGAGUAAAUGCAGAUGUGAAGAAAAUUGUGCCACCAGAAAAGUUGGAUACCGCAGAUAUCUCGUUGGUACCACCUGCAAAUGUCGACUAUACACCGAUUGAAAAACAAGAGGAUAAGGAAAAUUGCAUCGACUAUGCGAGUCUAAUUCCUAAAAAUAAGGAUAUUAAACAAAACAAGUUUUUGACUGAAUUUGAUACCUAUGACGUUUAA